AGUAGUUCACUGCAGUGAGCGCAUUAACCUGAGAGCAUCCACUCUAGCUUUUGGAGAUAUCCCUGAGUUGAAAAAACAAACAACAAAAUGGCAUUAGCAGCAUCCCUCAACCAGGCUGACAUCACUGCAGCCCUCGCAGCCUGCCACGCUGCCGACUCUUUCAAGCACAAGGAGUUCUUUUCCAAGGUCGGCCUGUCCUCCAAGAGCGCCGAUGACAUCAAGAAUGCCUUCAAAGUUAUUGACCAGGACAAGAGUGGCUUCAUUGAGGAGGAUGAGCUCAAGCUCUUCCUGCAGAACUUCUCUGCCUCUGCCAGAGCUCUGACCGACGCUGAGACCAAGGCCUUCCUCAAGGCCGGUGACUCUGAUGGCGACGGCAUGAUCGGAAUGGACGAGUUCGCCGCCAUGGUCAAGUGCUAAAUGAAGAACUGACCAACGUCUGACUUCACUACUCUAAAGGAACAACUUGAGCCAAGACAAACUCCUCUCUUCUUCUCUUCCCUCUCACUCUCUCUCUCUUCAACUGUCCACACCAGUUUUAUACAUUUGACCUUUCCCCCCGGACCGUAAACAACCUGCUCCCCCCUCCUCCCUCUUCUCUCUCUCUCUCUCUCUCUCUCUCUGGCCAUGCUCACCACUUUGCUGUCCAAGAUGAAUGUACCUGACGAAGUGUAUAGGGUGGUUGACUUGUGUCUUUCUCUCUCUCUCUCUCACUCCCUUCUGUCCUUGUUUUACCAUGUGAGUUUAGCUUACUGUGAGAUCAGUGAUAAUGCACUUUCAUGGGAAACGGACGGACGAUGAGAAAACAAUAAAGGUUCUUUU